CUUUACUGGUUUGUUCUGUUUGUUGAGGGGGAGGGCCAUGCCCAGUGAGACCUUAAAAAGUGUGGAGCAAACAACUUACCCUUGUUUCUUUUAUUUUUUAACCUUAAGGAGGCCAAGGGACAGAGGUUGAGGUGUUGCAUUGGGCGAAGUACAGCAGGCAUGAUGCAGGCUGUCUGGGCCCUGUGGUUGUCUGCUUUUCCAGCUCUGCUGGGGGCUUCAUCUCUGUUUGUGGAGAAGGAAAAUACUAGCUCGAAGAUCUGCAAGCCUGCGCCACAGUGGGAGAUCGAUGGCAAGACUCCAAUGAAGGAGCUUUUGGGAAAUGUAGUCGUCGUGGCUCUUCUUAAAGCGAGCUGAUUCUUCUGUCUCACGCAGGCUACCAGGUUGGGAGACCUGCGUGACAAGUUGGCCAAGGGCAAGCUGACUAAUGUAUCUUUCCUGAUUGUCAAUGAGCAGGAGGCACAGUCCAGAGCUAUGUACUGGGAGCUCAAGAGGAGGGCCGCACAGGGUAUCCCUGUGUAUCAACAGAACCCACUGCAAAAUGACAUCUGGGAAAUUUUAGAUGGUGACAAGGAUGAUUUCUUGGUGUAUGACAGAUGUGGAUAUCUGACCUUCCAUAUUGUCCUGCCAUUCAGCUUUCUUCACUACCCUUACGUAGAGGCUGCCAUUAUGGCCACAUACCAUAAAGAUAUAUGCAACUGCUCACUAAAUGGCAACUCCAUCAUAUCAGGAGGCUUUGACAGCAGCAAAAACAAUGAUACUGCGCUCACUGGAGAGAACAGUAAACAGGCUGCAGAACCCACUAAACAGCAUCAUCAUCAUCAUCAUCAUCAUGAUAAUAAUAAUGAACAACAGCAUCAUCAUCAUCAUUUUCUUCAUGUUCCAAAUAAUAAAAGUCGUGCAGGUGAUUCUGAAGAGCCAAAGGACCCAACCCAGCAUUCUCAUCGAGAACCGAUUUACUACAAUACAGGGACGUAAAGCCUACAGAAUUCACUCACACAUAGUCAUUCCAAGUAACAGAUAAGGUUCGUAACAGACACUAAAGCAGAGGAGAAGAGACAGAGACACAAGCAUCCAUGUACAGUAGGCUAUAUGUAAAGUAUCACUUUGUGACUGUGCAAAUGGUCUUACUUUUUUGGAAUUUUUACAAUAAUUGUUCUAUUUUGAUUUAAAAACAAUGUUUUAGAAAACUUAAAGCUGCACUUGUGUCAGAAUUGUAUGUUGAACUUAAAGUGGGAGUUCUGAUGGUUCUUUGUCUUUGGAAUAUCAAGUGUUUUUCUUCACUGUUCUUAAUGAAGUGUGCACUGUAAACCUGAGUCAGGGGUCUGCAUACGGAUGCUGAGCAAAGGAGACAUUUACACUGUACAUCUGUUUUUCCUGUUCUUUUAGGGAAUAUCUAAAAGUACUGAACCAAAGAGUUAUGCCUUUUUUUUUUCUUUUCUUUUUUUUUUGCACAUUGUCAUUUAGUACCAGCUGAAAUUUUUAUGUUAAUAAAGGGAAUGUACCAUUUGUUCACAA